AUGAUGUUGUUAUUAUUAUUGGCCACCAUUCCGUCGAUAUAUUCUUUAACCUGCUAUAAUGGCAUGAAAUUACUUCGAAUGCAAUCAGUCGGCGAGUCGGUGGAGGAAUGCCCAGCAAGUGCCUAUUGCUACAAUAUGACCGCUUCAGCCGCUUUAGUGGUGGACGUUGUUAAAGCCGGUUGUUCGACAUGGAGAUGCAUGUUGGCUCGAGACAAAUGUAUCAGCACCACUUUCCAAUUCGUGCCAGUCAGUUUGUGCUGUUGCAGUACUGACCGAUGCAACGUCGGUGGAAACGCUGCUUACGAAAAGCCACCCUGCGUAGUGCCAUAUGUGUACAACGUGUUUUCUUGGUUCAAAUUCAGGAAAAAACCGUAA